CACAUCCUAUCCCACGCGCCCUGGCCCCCUCCGGCUCUGACCGGGCUGGGCUGCCGGGGGAGUUAGACCUCUGGGGCUGGGACGGGCUGAGCCCACCGUGCCGUCUGGAUGGGGCUGCGUCGACGCGGGCGGGCGCACUCUCCGGCCGGCCCGGGGCUCUGAGCCAAGAAGGGGACGGGGGCUCAGCCUCUCUGGCCCAGCCCAGCACCGCGCCUGCGGCCAUGAAGCCCAGGCACACAGUGGAGAUGCUGCUGAGGGCGCUGGGGAGGCGAGAGAGCACCCGGGUGCCAGGUUCCAGCAGGCCGGAGAAGGUGCCCGAGCCACACAGCUUCAAGGAGAAGGCCUUUAAGAAGAAGAAGAGAGCGUGUGUGGUGUGUAAGGAAUCCAUCGAGGCGCUGGGCCUCGUCUGCCAAGCCUGCAAGAUCGCCAGCCACAAGAAAUGCGAAGCGAAGGUGGCGUCAUCCUGCCAGCCCCUUCCCCCGCCUGAAUUGAGGCGGAACACUGCUCCGGCCCGGCGCAUCGAGCACUUGGGCUCCACCAAAUCCCUCCACACCUCGAAGCAACGGAGCACGCUGCCCAGGAGCUUCAGCCUAGACCACGUGAUGGAGCGCAAGUACGACUUUGACCUGACCUACAUCACCGAGCGCAUCAUCUCCGUCUUCUUCCCCUCCGCCCUGGAGGAGCAGCGUUAUCGCGGCAACCUGCGGGAAGUGGCACAGAUGCUGAAGUCCAAGCACGAGGAUAAGUACACGCUUUUCAACCUAUCCGAGAAGCGCCAUGACAUCAGCAGGCUGAACCCCAAGGUUCAGGAUUUCGGGUGGCCGGACUUGCACGCGCCCCCCCUGGACAAGAUCUGCUCCAUCUGCAAAGCCAUGGAGACCUGGCUGAACUCGGACCCCCAGCACGUCGUGGUGCUGCACUGCAAGGGCAACAAGGGCAAGACGGGCGUCAUCGUGGCCGCCUAUAUGCACUACAGCAAGAUCUCUGCCAGCGCGGACCAGGCGCUCGGCACCCUGACCAUGCGGAAGUUCUGCGAGGACAAAGUGGCCGCGUCCCUGCAGCCAUCCCAGCAAAGGUACAUCAGUUACUUCAGCGGGCUGCUGUCGGGCACCAUCAAGAUGAACAGCAACACUCUAUUCCUGCACCACGUCCUCAUUCCCGCCAUCCCCAACUUCGAGACCAGCGGAGGCUACCAGCCCUUCCUGAAGAUCUACCAGUCCAUGCAGCUCGUCUACACCUCGGGGAUCUACAGUGUCCCGGGCCCCGGCCCCCAGAAGCUGUGUGUCACCCUGGAGCCAGCCCUGCUGCUGAAAGGGGACGUGAUGGUGAAGUGCUACCACAAGCAGACCUGCAACUCUGACCGGGACGUGGUUUUCCGCGUCCAGUUCCACACGUGCACCAUCCACGGUGCCCAGCUCUGGUUCGGGAAGGACGAGCUGGACGAGGCCUGGCAAGACGAGCGCUUCCCCUUUGAAGCCAGCGUGGAGUUCGUCUUCUCUGCCGGCCCCGAGAAGAUGAAAGGCCUGGAGACCUUACGGAACAGCCCGUCCAUCACCGUGGAUUAUAACAUCUCCGAUCCCAUGGUGCGCUGGGACUCCUACGAGAACUUCAACCUGCAUCACGAAGACAGCCUGGAAGACAUGUCUCACACCCGCGGCCCCAUCGACGGCAGCCUCUACGCCAAGAUCAAGAAGAAGCGGAACCUGAGCGGCUUCUCCGGCGGCGGCGGGAGCCCGGCCAGCGCGGACUCCACCCAGCAGGGCAGCCGCUUCCUCUCCGUCAGCAGCGACUCGGGCCACUCCUCCAUGCUGGCCGAACCUUCCCCUCCCGCCAAGCUGCUGCCCACGCCGGCCGAGAGGGAGGAGCUGGACAGGCUGCUUGGCGGCUUUGGGGUCAAGGCCAGGCCGGAGACCCCCAAGCAGCCGAGGGGGGCAUCCCCGCACCAGGAGCUGGGGGGAUGCCCGCACAGCAACGGGGCCAGGGACAGGGAGACGGCCAUCUUGGAAGACGAGCUGGUGGAGAUGACCCCCUUCGGGCCCCUGGCGUACCCCAGCCGGCGCCCCGGCCUAACCCGCCACUGCUCCUGCCGCCUGGGCUACCGCUCGCAGAGCUGCCCGGGCGCCCACAGCCCCGAGAGGCUACCCAAUGGCGCCUACUACAGGCCAGAGGGCACCUUGGAGCGCCGGCGACUGGUCUACAGCACCAAUGGGGUCCACUUGCACCCUGCCGAGGGCUACCCCUGCCUGCCGCAGGAGGCCGGGCCAGGGGAGAAACGGCGGGUGUAUCGCUCCCUCUCCGAGGGCCUGCAGCCCCUCGCCCACCCCUAUGCCUACGAGCUGCCCCACAGCCCCUGUAAGCGGGAGGACCUGGCCUACAAGCCACCCAGCUACCGGGAGGUGCUAAUCCUGGAGGAGGAGCCCGUGUGCGGCUUGGAGCUGUGCCCAUGCCAGGACUGCCAGGAGAAGGCUCACGAGGAAGCCGACCUGCCCCCCACCGCCGCCUUCUACGGCCUGCGCCUGAGCAGCCGCGAGCCCGAGGAGUGGGCCCACGAGAGUGCCAAGUCCCCCCUGUCCCGGGCAGGGCACCCCGGCCAGCCCGGGCCGUUGCUGAUGCCGGCCGCCUACAGCCAGCGCCCCCGGGGGCAUCACGAGGUGUUUGACUUCGAGCCCGCCCAUGCCAAGAUGCCGGCGCACUUCGGCCACGGCUACCCGGCACAGCCCAUGCCCGGCGCCCAUCAGAAGGGCCACAAGGGCAUGGAGCAGAGCCUGGAGCCCUUCCACUACCGCUAUGGCCCACCCUACCCCGCCCUGCUGCCCCACGGCGCCUACGCCUGCGGCCCCCCUGCCCAGUGCCCCCAGCCGCCCUUCUACGGCCGGUCCCCAGCCAGGCCCUGCGCCUCCCCGCCGGACAUGCGGCCGUACGCGCCGGGCUACCACUCGCCCCCGUCCGGCUCGGUGUCCCCCGUCAGCUCGGCCUACCCAGCCUCCAGGAACCAAAGCUACGAGCCCCAGUCCCCGGAGACAGGCCAGGGCUACCCACACCCGGGGCACCAGGACCGGACGCCUGCUGAGAUGCAGAGCCCUGGGGAGGAGGCGCCCUGGCGAGAUGUCCCUGGCUCCCUGCGCCAGCUCCACCGGGAGGCUCCCACCGCCUGCCCCGCGCCCCCCGAGUUGUCGGGCCCGCCCACUCCUCUGCACACCAGCAGCCCGGUGCAGAGCAAAGACAGCCCUGCGCUGCCCGAAGGCGGCACCCCGGCUGCCAGCCUGCAGGAGAGCUCGGCGUGCUCCAGCCCCGAGGACACGGCCCCACCCAGCGCCAAGAGGACCCCAGAGAUGAGCUCGGCCCGGCCAGGGGCCGCACCCAGCCCCCCGCAACCCCCUUCUCCGACACAGGCCUGUGCCCAUGGAGCCACCUCCAGGGCCCAGGCCAAUGGGCCGGCCCCAAGGCAGCCCUGUCCCCGAGCCCACAGCCCCGCCAGCCCGCCCCAGGGCACCGACCUAUCCAGGGUGAUUCCAGGAGAUGCCGCAAGUCACCUGAAUGGCCCCAGCUGUCCAGCUGUCUCCCCCGAUUCACCCCCCAGCAAUGGGACCCCAGCGCACCUGCUGCCCCCUGGCAUGGACAGGCUGGCCCAGCGCAGCCCCCCGGGCGCGCCUGUCCACAGCCCGGCCUGCGCCAGUUGCAGAGCGACCGCUACGCUCAGGAACCCAGCCCCCUACAACGGGCACCUGCCCAGUGACAGAGCCGAGCUGGUCCCAGGCCCCCUGGCCCGCUGCCCCAAUGGCAGCCCCCUCCCAAGCCCCAUCACCUCCUACUGCCCCUCCGACCUGCAGUGCUCCCCGACCCCUGCCUUCCCCAUCGCUACAGCCUACUACCCGGGCGGGGAGAGGAGCCCGCCGCCCCCGGGCUCCCCCAGCCAGUGCCAUGCCCGCGAUUCGCCGCAGCAGCCGCCGUUGCCCGAGAAGCGCCACACGCCAGCGGCUGGCAACUGGGAGAGGAGCUCGCCCCCAGGACGGGGCACCGGGACGGGCCACCACGUCACCUUCGCGCCCGACACCGCCAGGCCAGACCCAGACACGCAGCCGGAGAGCCACAGCAACGUCAAAUUUGUCCAGGAUACGUCCAAGUUUUGGUAUAAACCCAACCUGUCCCGGGACCAAGCCAUCGCCCUGCUGAAGGACAAGGAGCCCGGCUGCUUCCUCAUCCGUGACAGCAAUUCCUUCCAAGGCGCCUACGGGCUGGCUCUCAAAGUGGCGACGCCCCCGGCCAACUGCCUCACCCUCCCUUCAAAAGGUGACCCCAUGGAGCAGCUGGUGCGUCACUUCCUGAUCGAGACAGGCCCCAAGGGUGUGAAGAUCAAGGGCUGCCAGAACGAACCCUAUUUCGGAAGCCUGCCCGCCCUGGUCUCGCAGCACUCCAUCACCCCCAUCUCUCUGCCCUGCAAGCUCCGGAUCCCCAGCAGAGAUCCCGUGGAGGAGACCCCGGACGUGGCCAUCCCCACCAACGUGAGCACAGCGGCUGAUUUGCUGAAGCAGGGAGCGGCCUGCAGCGUGCUCUACCUCAGCUCGGUGGAGACGGAGUCGCUGACGGGCCCCCAGGCCGUGGCCAAGGCGGCCGCAAGCACCCUGAGCUGCAGCCCCCGCCCGCUCGCCUGCCUCGUGCACUUCAAGGUUUCGGCCCAGGGCAUCACCCUGACGGACAAUCAGAGGAAGCUGUUCUUCCGGCGCCAUUACCCCGUGAACAGCAUCACCUUCUGCAGCACGGACCCGCAGGACAGGAGAUGGACGAAUCUGGACGGCACCACCUCCAAGCUCUUUGGCUUUGUGGCUAAGAAGCAGGGCAGCCCCUGCGAGAACGUCUGCCACCUCUUCGCUGAGCUCGACCCCGAGCAACCGGCCUUGGCCAUCGUCAACUUCAUCACCAAGGUCAUGCUGGGGACGCACAGGAAAUGAGCGAGGCCGGGAGAGACGUGGGCGCUGGCCUUCGCCCACAGCGAGACGCCAGCCCUGCCCCUUUUCCCCAGCCAGCGCCAAGGCACACAGGGGGCAGCGGCUCCCAGCAGGGGCAGGGGCUGGGCUGCGGGGGCAGCCCACCCAUCUCGCUGACCCUCACACAGGCCUGAUCCAGCUCGCCCUUCAGUCAGGAUGGGGAGGGGGGUUUCUCAUCUGGCCCGUCUCCUCCCCCCCCACCCCCCGCAGCUCGAAGCUUCAACCCUGUCAGACACACCAAAAACCAAAGGCACCUUCCUAACGGGGGGCCCAGUUCAGUCACACACCCUGUGGUGGCACAGCAGGGGUUAAUGCUCAGGGCUCUGGAAGGGGGCAGCCUUGGGGCUGGUGAUCUCAUGGGUGCGGGGUCACUAGAGACUGCGGGGGGCAUGGAAGGGGGGGCAGCCAGGGGCUGGGCCGUUGCCGAGGGGAUGAAGGCUCCUAGAGAGGGAAGCGUCAGAGAAGCUGUAUGUGCCAAAGGAGCAGGGGGAAGGAGCGUGCGGCAUUUAGCAAGGCCAGGGCCCACCCCAGAGUGCCCAGCCCUGCCUGGGGUUGCCAGGAGCCGAGGGAGCGGGAGGGACAAGUUCACACUCCCGGCAUGAUCAGCGCAGGCCCUUGACUCUCAGCAUGCCAAGGCCUGGUCACGGGAUUCGAGAGCAGAGCCAGUGUGGCCUACGGGGUUAAAGCAGGGGGUGGGGCUGGUGAUCAGGACUCCUGGGUUCUCGCCCCUGCUCAUGGACAGGUGUGGGAUCUAGCAUGCUAGAGCAGGGGCGGGGCUGGGAGCUAGGACUCCUGGGUUCUGUGCCCAGCUCUCCCCCUGCUGGGCUAUGUCUUAGCAAGUGCAAUGUCAGUACUCAUGCGAGGGGCCGGUUGUUUUGCGGACGGCGGGCUGCUCACACAGCCGAGAUCCUGCCAGCGCAGACAGGGGCCGACUCAGGCCCUGCUGCCCAAGGCAGGGUCCAGCCAACGCCCCACAGUAGCUUCUUCACCAGCCACCUCCAGUGCAGAGGAAGUGCCGCGGGUGGGAUUUAAUAAAGAGAAGAGAUCUAUUUUUGUCUAAUAAAGAAUUUAUAUGAGCUCCAGG